CUGGCGAACUGUGCUGCCCUCUAGCGAAACGUGCUGUUAUAUGGAUGCCGGUUUUCUACCGCAGAGGCUUUAACUACGUUCUCUACAGGUAACCCAUACAGUAUCAGAAGCUUAUAUUACUUACUCACUGUAAAGCACCAUGAGCGACUCUGCGGUCCGAGCUACUGAAACUGCCAAAGGAGGCAUCAAGUAUGAGCUUGUGCUAUCCGAGCCCUCCGUCAAUGAUCCUCCCAAAAAGGAUCAGAUCACCUCCCCACCGAAAACUAUGUCAGUCGAGGAAAUCGAACAAAAGCUCAAAGCAGCUGAGGAGAGGAGGCUUAUGCUGGAAGCCGAGAAAUUGAAUCAGAUUAACGAAAAGAAGAACAAACUACAAGAAGCUAACCAAAAGCGACAAGAAUACAACAAUAAUUUCAUCCAAUCCACGAAAGAAACCCUUGAACAGAAAAUGGAAAUCUUCGAGACCAACAGAGAGGCUAAACUUAGAGCUCUACAGGAAAAGCUUAAAGAACAUGAGCGACAUAUCGAAGAAGUCCGGCAAACCAAAAAUCUUAAUUUGGUUGAAGCCACUCAGGAGGAGAGUGUUGCGUCAUCGGGCUAAUUAAACCAUCCACAGAAAACUCGCCAAGCACUGUUUUCCGCCAAAUUUCUGCCGCUUCAUAUCAUUGAAUAGUUGAUCUCACAAGUCAAAAUGUCAUAAGUUUAUGUCUAAAAUAUUAAAAUUGGAAACAAGUAGUGUUAUGGAAAACGAGAUCGUGCUUUGCCAGGAUAAAAAUUCCUUUGCUUGCUUUCGUCGUUAUUUAGUUCACCUCCUUGUCAUUUGUUGUGUUUCUGUUUCAUUUGAUUGAUGUGUUUGUUGUUUUAGAGAAUGUGCACGCUUUCUAACAUGUUUAUGAUUGCUCAGAAGUCUUCGUAUUUAGGAUUUUAUGCAAGUUUUUAUGCGAUUUUACUUUUAUUUGUCAUAUAAGUAACGAAUAAAGUUCGCUUUCAAAGGUUGUGUCAGCUUUUGAAGAAAAGUGCUCUUAAAUAGAGUGAUGUGUAGUGAAAAGGUUAUAUGAAAGCUUUGUGAUGCGUAUAGUCCAGAGUUUUUUGUAAUAUUUUAAUAUUUAACUGCUAUCAGUUAAAAGGGCAUACUAAUGCAUUAGAUGCAAUUUUAUUUCUUACGUAAAAGCAGAAUACUGUAGAAGUUUUAAAUAUAUGAUUAAUUAGUGCAACAAUCGUCUGAAAAUGCUAUAUCUAGAUUACUCGUUGUAAACUUAUAAACCUAAAAAUACAAAUUAAUUUUAAUAAAGCUUCUACAAUCACGUGGUAAACAAAAGUAAUGCAUUUCUAUGGUUAAACAAAGAAUGUACUGAAGUUACCUUCCAUAUUAUAUUUUCAAAAAAAUUAGUAUACAUAUGGCAAGGAUCAUAUUAAUUAUAAAAAAUUAGUAUUAAUUAAAGGACACAAAAAUCUCCUUUCCUUGCGUAAGCUCAAAUAGUAUUCUAGUCAUUGAAAUGAGAGUUGAGAAGUUUACUUAGUUCAUACGAGAUCUUGCAAGUUUUGCUCACUUCAGACGAUAUUAAACAAAAAUUAUAGAUUUCUUCUGUUAAUAAUACAUCAGUUAAAAAGUUUAAAAGAUUUUCCAUAUAAACAGCUUACAAAUUCUCUGUGUAAUAAUCUGAUAAAUUGCAGUGGUUAUAAAUAAUGAAUAUGUUAAAAUAUUUAGAAUGUUUAAGCAACAAAAUGGCAGUUAAUUAAUAUAAUUAGAAAGAGUACAUCAUAGAAAAUUGCCUACACUGUUAUAAAUGAACAGAAGCGGCUGAUAUUUAAUUAAAAUUCUUGUUAUCAUAAAAAUUAAGUUCUGCAAAAUGUUUUUAAUAAAGGUGUUUUAAAUUAAUUUUUAGUACCAGUUAUUCAAAUGCAUAUACUGCAUCCAAACUAAGUUUAUUAUUUCCUCUCAUGUAUCAAAUUUAGUUUCUAACUGCUAUGUAUCAGAUAUGUAAUUAAAUUUCAUGUGUACCUGUCUAUGUUAUAGACUAAUACCUCACCACUAUGCAUGUUCAUAAAACACCUAACACGUGUAGUUAUACAAAACGGAAUUUGCUGUGUUUAAUGAUUUGUUCUUAAGGACUUUCAAGUAUUCAGUAAUAAAUAAAUAUGCAACUUUAAAUAUAAUUUAGUAUACAUUAUUAAUAUAUCUUUUAAAUUCAUUUAUAGUGCGAUGACCAAACCUGUUGUUCUUAUUUCUCUGCAAAACGUCGAUAAUGUAAGAAAGUAUGAUAAAGCAUAGUAUGUUGUUGUGUAUAUGUUGGCUUUCAGUUUCAUAUGCAGUCUAUAUUAAUAAUACAAGAACAUACCACAAACGUGAAAAUCUUGAAAGUGUAUUCUUAAUGCAAUACAUACUGAAAGAAAAUGCAUCAUAAAAUUUCGAAAAAUACUGUACAAAAUUUAAUUACGCUACUUCUUAUUUGCAUGUUUAAAUUUUUGCUUUCAUUUUAAUUCGUUGCCACUGACAGAGAAAUAAAUUUCACUUUCAUAAAAUGAAAAAAGAAAUGUGUUUAAGUGUCAAGUGCUUUCGUUUAUUUGAAUUUUGUACAUCAAAACUGUUCUGGGACCAUUACAUUUCUGUGCUCAAUUGUUGUUCGAGUACGUACGAUAUCAAAAUUAAACAUAUACAAUUUUACAGUUUCGAGAAUUUAUACGUAUUGCUAAAACUAAAUAACUUUUAUUUUAAAUAAAGUUAAUUGUUAACUGGUUUUGCGCUUUCGAUUUUAUACUAUGAAUACAAAUCAAAAUUAUUGCUUCUUAUAUAUUUUUAUUCAAUGUUGUGCUUGUUAUUUGAUAAAAAUUUGGUCUUCUCUCUAUAAAUAUUCAGCUUUUGUUCGAUAAAACUUAAGCUUGGAGUGAUUGUUAUCCUAUGAUGCUGUAACGCUAACUUUUCGCAAGCUUUGUUGAGUGCAAUUUUACAUUUCUUAGUAAUUUUUAUGUCAUAUGUCCUCUAAUAAAAUCUAUGUCCAGU